GUCGAAACUCUAAACUUUCCGGAGAUUCAACGUCCUUCGGGGCUUUUCUCUAUUAAUAACAUAAAUUUCCGAUUUACGAGUUCUCAUAUUCCCGAGUAACUCCUAGGAAUUAGGCGUCUCGUUCCAUGUGAGAGUAUGCGUCUCUGGGUCGCAUUCGUCGGUUCCAAUGGCCGACGCGACUGAUCAGGACAGUACCAAGGCCAGCAAUGGCCAGCCUUCUCAUCCACCAAGCCAAACCUCUCACGAUGCGAACCGUGAGAUUCCCGACGAUGAGCCCCAGGCGAAACCUCUAGAGCCUGCAUACCCUCUGCUUCAAAAUAACGCCAGCAGCGAGACUUUACUACAGACAGUGCAAGCGCAGAAACGAACGGUCGAGGAUGACAACGAGGAAGAGCCGGCUGUUGCUAGACCUUUUGUUCGAACGAGUAGUCCCGACAUAUCUUCGAGAGUACCAACCCCGCCCGAAGAGGAGCGAGCACCGAUCCGGUCAGCCUACAAGAUGCAUAAGUUUACCUUAUAUGAGACGGCGAGUCGAUAUUACAUUGUAGGAGGGGACGUCACCGAGAAGCGCUAUCGCAUCCUGAAGAUCGAUCGUAACACCCACGACUCCGACUUGAGUAUAACAGAUGACAAGAUUAUCUACAGCCAGAAGGAGAUGAAUUCGUUGUUGAAUACUAUUGAUGAUGGAAAUAAAGGCACUGGUGGAAUCAAGCAAAGAUGUACAACCUGGGGAAUUUUAGGCUUCAUAAAAUUCACCGGGCCAUACUAUAUGCUGUUGAUCACUAAGAAGAGCACGGUCGCUAUGAUUGGAGGGCACUACAUCUACCAGGUCGAUGGAACCGAGCUCAUUCCUCUGACUCCGGCAAAGUUUAAGACAGAUGCUCGUCAUGUUGAAGAGCAACGCUUCUUGAACAUCCUCAAAAACCUCGAUUUGACGAGAUCUUUCUAUUAUAGUUACUCCUAUGAUAUUACAAGGACAUUGCAACAUAAUAUCACUAGAGAGAGAAUGGCUUUGCUGCAUGGAAUGCCGGGUACGACAUAUGAUGAUUAUAAUUCUAUGUUUAUCUGGAACAGCCAUCUUUUACGACCCGCCGAGGAUGCGAUUCAUGACCCAUUUGAUUGGUGCCGCCCGAUAAUACAUGGUUACAUCGAUCAGGCUGCCAUAUCGGUAUAUGGUAGAACGGCGCAUAUAACUAUAAUUGCUCGACGAUCUCGCUAUUUUGCAGGUGCUAGAUUCUUGAAACGUGGCGCAAACGACCUCGGUUAUGUUGCAAACGAUGUGGAAACAGAACAGAUUGUCUCCGAAGCUGUCACGACUUCGUUCCAUUCGCCUGGUCCUAAGCUGUUUGCUAACCCUCAAUUCACUUCCUACGUUCAACAUCGAGGAAGUAUACCUCUUCAUUGGACGCAAGAUAAUAUGGGCGUUACACCAAAGCCACCGAUCGAGUUGAAUCUCAUCGAUCCGUUUUACACAGCAGCGGCAUUGCACUUCGACAAUUUGUUCGAACGUUAUGGGUCCCCAGUGUAUGCGCUAAAUCUCAUAAAAGCUAGGGAGAGAACUCCGCGAGAGUCCAAACUGCUUGAUGAGUAUACAAACGCCAUCAAUUACCUCAAUCAGUUUCUGCCCGAGGGCCAUAAGAUCAUCCAUAAAGCUUGGGAUAUGAGUAGGGCUGCGAAGAGCAAGGAUCAAGAUGUCAUUGGUACGCUUGAGAAUAUUGCCGAAACCGUUGUCACAACAACUGGAAUUUUCCAUAAUGGCGAUGGCGAUAUCACUCAAGCCAGGGUUCAGAACGGCGUUGCGAGAACAAAUUGCAUCGACUGCUUAGAUCGUACGAAUGCCGCCCAAUUCGUCAUCGGAAAGCGAGCGCUUGGGCACCAACUGCAUGCUCUAGGUAUUCUUGAAGAUACGAUUAUCGAUUAUGAUACCGACGCCGUUAAUCUUUUUACACAUAUGUAUCAUGAUCACGGUGACACGAUCGCUGUCCAAUAUGGCGGUUCUCAGCUGGUGAAUACUAUGGAGACCUACCGCAAGAUCAACCAAUGGACGAGCCAUUCCCGCGAUAUGAUAGAAAGCUUCAAGCGCUAUUACAACAAUUCUUUCUUGGAUAGCCAAAGACAAGAAGCUUAUAACCUCUUCCUCGGCAAUUACAUCUUUGCUCAGGGGCAACCAAUGCUUUGGGAUCUUGCUACGGAUUACUAUCUUCAUCACGCAGAUCCGCGAACGUGGUCGCAGAAAGAAAAGCAUAAUUACAUCCAUUGGUACACACCGGCGUAUCUCGAGAAGAGGACCAUCCCCGCUUUUGUACCACCGAGGGGAGAGAUGGGUACCAAACCAGUUUCAUUCUUUGACGACUAUUGGCUCGAAUACUAUCGACCAUCUACAUUGUCUUCAUUCCCGAAAAUGUUCCCCUACAAGAUGAACUCAACUAUCAAGUACAUCCCUUUCAAAUCGACCCAGGAGGGUAAAUAUGAUUUAAGUCCCUUCCGAGUCCGCACCGAGGGUGAUGCAGAGACGCACGAGAAGAAGAAAUCCACGGCAAAGAAGGGAGUUACCAUCGUAGAUCCCCAAGAAGCUCCUAAACCGCUGCCGGACGAUGAUUCCGAAUCUGCAAUGACAGAGAAGACUAGCGGAAGGGGUAUAUCAAUUCACCGCUGGCUACAACCGAUGCAACCAGAUAAGGGUCCUACGAUUCCACAUAGUAUUAUGAAGGAAUCCGUAGAGAACCCCGAACAUCUCAAGCAGAAGCAGACACUCCAAGAGAAAACCAAGGCCGCGCAGAGGACAUUUGCGAAUAUUGUUCAAGAAUCACUCAAUCCCUCAGUCAACGCACAAGAUACGGAGGAUUAUUCCCGAUAUAUCAGUCACGCGCAAAGUCUACCCCUCGUCGUAUCUAACGAAGCGCCGCCCGAUGUCGAUUCUUCCGAGUACCAAGAGUAUCUGAACGGCAGCUGGCAGACGGAGGGUUUGGAUCCUAAUGGAACCGAAGAAGACUUCGAGGUGUACACCGAUUUGCUCCGGAUUGGUGAGAAUCCGUUGACGGUGACGGAUGAGGAUCUGCCUAAGAAGCGAUAUAAGGCGUAUCGGAAGUGGUUGAGGGGUAAAUCCCUCUUCAAGCAGCAGCCGCUCGACUAGGAUUCGGCGGCGCGGACUCCGACGUCUGAUGUCUUUGAGGAUCUGGGAUCCCCUUAAUGGAUUCUUGUUUUGAGCAUGAAUUGGAAGAAUGAGGUUGCUUCAAGAUGCUUUGAUGUCUCCGAAGAGCUCGUUUAGUUGUGGCUCCUUUUCGAUCAGGGGACUGACGCGUUUGCUUAAGUUUUCCUUGGCGGUUGUCUUCAUGACUGCGGAGAGCAUUUGACCUGUCUUAAUUAGUUCUGCUUUUAAGUUGGUCGCAGUGGAGAUUUCGCUCGAA